UUCGUUACUUUCGACCUAAUAAGAUGUUACUGGAAUCUGAAAGAGAAUUGGAAAAGAAUAAUGUUAUCAAACGUGAUGUAAACUUUUUCUUUCUCGCGAUUGAAUUUGAAAAUCUCUAGGAGAACUAAAAUUGUGUAAGAGGAAAACAUCGUGACAAUGACAAAUAUCUUUGAACGCGCGUAUACAAUAUACUGCGUAGAAGAAAAUGCUAUCCCACGCCCUAGCUAAGGGAGAGGGAUCCAUACAAAGGGAAAGAGCGAAAGGGCGAAAUCUAUACGCCGUCGUGCGCGUUACGAGACGAAGCUUGGCGAACGGUGGUGAAUAAAAUGUCGUGGAAGGAAUACGUGGGGUAGGAGAGAGAAAAUAGGGGGAGGCGAGUAACGCAGCGUGGAGAACGGAAAGCUCGCGGGGUCGUACUCGCGAUCGGUCCGUCUACACGACGACAACAGUCCUCUCUCUCUCUCUCUCUCUCUCUCUCUCUUUCUCUCUCGAAGGACGCUACCCUCUCUGAGCGUAUAGUUUACGUUUCUACAACAUCGUGAAAGCGAAAGUUAUCGAAAGAAACGAGAUGCACCGAAGGAUCAUGAUUUUGCUCAUCGCUUCAGCGCUCGUUGUGGCAGUUCAUUCUGACGCGUUAAAAUGCUACAUGUGCACCUCGCUGUCAAACGCUACUUGUGGUUCCGCUUUGACAACAAAAUCAUUACAACCGGUGGAAUGCACCGGUACUAAGAUAGUGGAUUGGCAGAGAGACAUUCAGCAACACAGAAUCCUCAACAAGAUUACAGGACUUUUCGAGAUUGACGAGGCGCUACGACAUUAUCCGGGGGUUCCUCGGGACAUGGCUUGCGCUAAAAUGAUCCUUAACGUCGCGAAUAAAGAAGUGAUCGUAAGAACAUGUCAAACGGCUAAAACGGAUCUCAUUGAUCCCUGUGAAACGAUGAAGGCAAAAAUACAAAAGGAACAACUGGUAGCCACAGUAGUCGUUCGAGAUGGCACAUUAGAGUUCGAUACGAUAGAGACAGAUAUCGACAUAUUGCAUCGCCACCAUGUAUCUCAAGAGCCAUGGAAAGCCGUCAUGUGGCGACGAGUUUGCCAGCAUGAGAAAGACAGACGCCGAAUUACAGAGGAGGAAAGAUAGGUGCGCACACACGAGCGGGCUUUGACAGUCGUAUAUACAUAUAUUUAAUAUACACGCAUGGUACGUUCGGUAAAGCUGCACGCCGACGUAUGCGUGUAUGUAUAUGCGUGCAUUAUUCUAAUGGAGCUGUAGUGGCGCCCUUACGCGCCACACGCGCGCGCGUUGCAACACUCUCUCGCUACAUAUCUCUUUCUCUCUCUCUCUCUCUCUCUCUCUCUCUCUCGCACACUCGCUCUCACGGAUCGCGCGCGCGGAGAGGGCGGGAGGUUCGGAGAGAAGGUGGAGGAGCGCGAAGGAGCGAAAGACGAGCGAGCGAGCGAGUGCGAGCGCGAGCGCAAGUCGGGAAGCAGCGCGAACGUGCGGAAGAGCGGCGGUGUGUGUCGUGUCGUGUGUCGGCUUAGAGACCGAGCGAGCGAGCGAGCUAGGCGAGAGCGCGUGCGGUGGUGGUGGUGACGACUGGUGUGUGCCGUGGACGGACGACGGACGGACGAUCGGUCGGUCGGUCGGUGGGUCGGUCGGCGGUCGGGACCGUGAGUGUGAGUUUGCAAGGACGAAGGAAGGAAAAGAGAAAAAAAAAAAAAAAACGCCAGGAGGAAGUGCAAAAUUCGCAGUGCGCCGUGCCGGCUGAGAGAGAGGAUACGUUUGGAUUGUUGGUGCGCCCGAGGCUUAAGCUAGCUCGCCUGGUGGUGACUCCGAAGAAGGAAGAUAGAGAUUAACGACAACGUCGCCGUCGUCUCUCUUUCGGAGGGAUCUCGCGCGCGCCUCCACGAGGAGCCUAGUGUGUCGAGGGGGAUCUCCUUCUCUUUCUCUCUGUCCUCGUUCGUUUCUCCGUGUACAUUCUCUAUCUAUCAAUCUGUCUGUCUCUCUUUCUCUUUCUCUCUCUCUCUGUCUCCUGUUCUCGCGCUCUCCGAUCGCCGGGGGGGCCCGCCGCUGAGAAGACGUCAAGGGACGACGACGCGUGGAAGUUUAACCAAGAAAGGAGCGUGCUGCCGCGAGAAACGCAAUGUCCGACCGGGAGAGCCUGGAC